AAGACUGGCCCUUCUCCAUCGCUCCCAGAGCCCCGCCUCCAGGGUCGAACGACGCUUGCCUAGGCCCCGCCCACGAGGAGGCGGGGCAGGCCCUGGUCACGUGAGCGCGGGUGCGGAAGUGGUGCAGCGGGCUGUGUUCGUGGUUGGCCCAGGCCGUGGGGCCUCGGGGGCGGGGUCAGGCCGGCCGGACCAGCCGGGAGGAGCUGGGGGAGGAGGCAGCGGCGGGGGCCGGCGCCGGAGUCUGGGAUUCGGUCUGCAAUCCCACCGAGUGCUGGACCAGCGGCCGUCCGCAGCACCCCGGACUGUGCGCGCCCGCUGCUCUGGGUUCCCCAGGCUGAGGCGCCGGCGGCUGCGGGAGGCCAGUCGGGUGGGCGGAGGGAGGAUCGGAGGGCGCGGGCGCCCUGUGCGUGGAGCAGGCGUGAGGCGGCUGGGGGCCGGGACGCCAUGUCCAUGGAGGACCCCUUCUUUGUGGUGAAAGGAGAAGUACAGAAAGCAGUCAACACUGCCCAGGGGCUGUUUCAGCGAUGGACAGAGCUCCUCCAGGACCCCUCCAUGGCGACGAGGGAGGAAACGGACUGGACCACCAACGAGCUGAGGAACAACCUCCGCAGUAUAGAGUGGGACCUCGAGGAUCUGGACGAGACCAUCAGCAUAGUUGAAGCCAAUCCUAGAAAAUUCAAUCUCGACGCAACUGAAUUGAGUAUAAGAAAAGCCUUCAUCACAAGUACCCGGCAAGUCGUCAGGGACAUGAAGGAUCAGAUGUCAACUUCAUCUGUGCAGGCAUUAGCUGAAAGAAAAAAUAGACAGGCACUGCUGGGAGACAGUGGCGGUCAGAGCUGGAGCGCAGGAACACCGGAUAAAUAUGGGCGCCUGGACCGCGAGCUCCAGUUAGCCAACUCCCAUUUCAUCGAGGAGCAGCAGGCACAGCAGCAGCUGAUCGUGGCACAGCAGGAUGAGCAGUUGGAGCUGGUGUCUGGCAGCAUCGGGGUGCUGAAGAACAUGUCCCAACGCAUCGGCGGGGAGCUGGAGGAACAGGCCGUAAUGUUGGAUGAUUUCUCUCAUGAGCUGGAGAGCACUCAGUCUCGGCUGGACAAUGUAAUGAAGAAACUUGCAAAAGUGUCUCACAUGACCAGUGAUCGGCGCCAGUGGUGCGCCAUCGCCGUCCUCUUCGCAGUCCUGCUGGUCGUGCUGGUCCUCUUCUUAGUGCUGUGACGGCAGGGCCGUCCGCACGCGCCCUCCUGCACGCGAACCCGGGGAGGAGCAGCAGCAGCACCGGGGCCAGCGCCUCGCCUCCGUCUCCUGAAAACACAGCCUGCGCUGACUUUUCUCUUCGUGACCCCACCAUGGAGGCAGCCCCUCCGUCCCAGCGCUGGAGGGGCCGGCGGGAAGAGGACGUGACAACGGCACACUCCUGGCGCUGCCUCCCUGGCCCCGGCUCCCUGGGGAAGGCCUCUGAGGAACCCGGAAAACUCUGCAGACUCUGCUGACGUUCGCUGUUGCUGUUCCAGCCCAACUUCGGCAGCUCCGACCUCCCUGCUCAGACUGCGGCCGCUGCCCUGUCCGAAGGAGCCCUGUUGGGAAUGGGGCGCCCAGGUCCGCUUCAUGGCCCCUGGUGGGAGCACUCUUUAUCCCCCGAGAGCUGGCCAUGAUGGGGUUAAGGCCCAGAAGCAGUUUGUGACAGAAAAUGCAGAGGUUCAUUGUUCGGGGCUAAGUACAGGGGUAAAAUUGCUUUUCCAGGCACCUUUUUUUUUUUUUUUUUUGUGGUAAGAAUAACUAAUGGAAAGUAAUGAAAAGCGCUGGGCUUUGGGGGUGCUAACAACUUGUGUCUUGAAUUGAAGGGAGGAGGGGCAGCAGACCCUGCGUGCACAGCCGAGGGCAGCGUGGGCAAGGUCUGCAUUCCUGCGGCUGCACCUCCCCAGAGGCGCACCUUGUAUUUUUACAUGUACGGCUGCUGAGCAGCACACUUGAAUGGAUUAAGAUCCUGUGGCACUCCGUCUUGGCGGGUCGGGGUUGGGAGUGGUUAGUUCAUUUACUACAUUUAGUCAGAAACUGUAAUGAAAUAAAAGGCUAGUUGUGGACCAGGCUUUUCUUACCCUGUGAGAAUGGCAAGAAGGGGGUAGGUAAAGGGGGUAGGUAAACUUGUUUUGUUUCCCUAAGAUGACAACUCGAUUUUUAUCAUCCUUUCAAAUAACUGAGCCAAUCCAAAUUUAAAUAACAGAUGCUUCAAAUUGAGUUUUAGUUGCUGAGACACUCAAGUUUAAGCUCAAGCUCCUGGUGACUUUGUAAAUGCCUCCAACGUGCCCAUGUAUAUAGGAUGUUUUUAUAACCUCCCUGAUGAAUAACCUAAUGUUGAAGUAGCAGCUGAACCCAGAGCCAGAGGCUGGCGGGCAGGCUGCCUUCCCCGCACCCGUCUCCUUUGCGCGUGGAAAGCACAGCAACAUGUGGACAGACGUGUAGCUUUGGCUUCUCAUGUCCUCAUCUUUUGGGGUCCAUUCCUCAGCACACUAACUUUUUCAAACUUUUUUUCUUGUUUUGUUUGCAUUCCUUGUUUUUUUUGUUUGUUUGUUUGGGGCUUUUUUCCCUUUUUGUGUGUGUGUGUGAUUUGCAAUUUGCAAUGAUGUACUUGCUCAGCUAACUUUUGAAUUGCACUUUUUAAUAAAUGUGUGUAACAAUUUUUUAAAGAAGGGUAUUUUCCCAUAUUUAGGAUCAUGGUAGGUCAGGAAAUCUGCCUGUUGAUGAAAGCUAAAAGUAGAUUUAUAAAACUGAAAGGGUGGUUGACAUCCACGUUUACACUCAACUCUAUUUGAUAUAUAAAUAAGUUAUUUCUUUUCAAAUUAGCAAAAAAAAAAAAGUGAUUAUUAACAAAGGGCUUCAGGUGUAGGGUACUAGAUCAUUUGUUUUACAAAGUUUUGAGACUUAUUCAAAUAGUCUUCUAUAAACUUAGAACAGGGACAGUCCUUAGAUUAGCAUUAAAAUAUACAAGUCUGUGUUAGAACUAAAUGUGGACCUGUCUCAGUACCGUCGUCCAUGCUCUCCGUGGAGCGAGGCAGCCGGUGUCAGAAUUCUAUGAUCGCCCUGUUUAAAAGCCAUGCUGUUCUCUUGCUAUUCCUAGGUUUACUGAGCCCCGCAGAACUGCCAUGUGUGUCAGGAGGGCCUGUUGGGAACCCGUCUGAUUGCUGAUGAGUAAGAUACUCUCCUGACUUCAGGGACCAGGUUUUGUGACCCUGAGGCUUAAUUACUCAAUAUUUGGAAAUAUUUAGAAUUGGCACACUGACCUCACUGACUUAAGGUGUUAGCUAAAGAGUGGUGGUUGUGAGCCAGACUCGUGGGCUAAAGCUCAAUAGGGAAAUAUUUAGCAAGAGAACACUGACUGAAAAUACAAGUGCCACGUGCUUUCUUCCUGUAGGGCCACUGCUCUCUCUGGGCCUCGAAGGAGCUGCUCUUUGAUAGCUGGCCUCUCAGUGUGUCUUCAGAGCCAGCUAUACCCCAAGCAUCAUUUCUGGCCCCACUGGCUUGAUCCUGGGGUCUGAGCCUGUUGUACCCAGACUGGGCCGGUCACUACAGACGAGUGGGCAUUGAAGGCCCCCUAUGCUGGUGGUCUCAGAGAACAAGCCAGGGGCUUAGAUUUAUUUCUAAAGGCAGCAUUUCCUCAUCAGUGAUGCUAAUGUUACCAGGCUUUGGAGGGCAGCUAAGUGGCCCCUUGGAACCUGUCACAGACGGGGUUGGAGCAGGUACAGGUGACACCCCCCUCACGCUGCUUAGAAGCACACCCUGUCACACAGUGGGGCUCCUUUUCUCCUUCACUCUUCCACACCUCGUCCCAUAUUCAUCUUUUCUAAAGAACUGGCACAAUUUGAUGGGUAAUGGAGAAAGAGCUCCACUUGUGUUUAUUGGAAGAACAUUUUACUGAUCAACUGACUUGGGGUAGAAUGGGGAAUGAAACACAGAGAGUUUGCCAGAGCAGGAGUCCACCUGGAAAAUCAAAACACCUUCGUUUUCAGGCCUAAUUUUUGAAUUGUCUUUGUGUGAACUGGACAAUCGCAGUGCUCCUUGUAUGUGUUACUGUGAUGUGUUACAUGAGGAUCAGCACGCCAGAGCCGAAGGGGGAGAAACUUGGUCACUUGCCCAUGAUUCUCUGCUUUUAGCCAGAGUUAAACAGACUGAUGGGUCUGGGAGCCAACAACUUGGCAACGUCCCCUCCUUCUCACCUCGUGAGAUUAAGGGCUGUGAAGAGAAAUCCAGUCUAACUCCAACAGAAAUCUGUCUCUGUUAAGUGCUGUACCUUCUGGAAGUAAAGAUGGCAGAGCCAAGAUUUUUCUUUUGGUAAUUUCCCUGGCUGUAAAGCGAGACUGUUACCUUUCUAGAGAAUUCAUAGCAUUGCAAGAUCUCAAAACUGAGUGAAAAAUAUGCAUUGCUUUUCAACUCUGGACUCUGAACUGUUUGGCUUUACCUUGUACUGUGGGAUGAAUUUGUAAAAACAAAAUUCGGACUGUCAGGAGAGCUAAAGUUCUAAACUGUGGAAUGCACUACUUUCAAUUCUCCCUCUGUCUUCCUCUCACUGGCAUUUCUUUCCCUCCUGGAUAUUUUAAGAAUUAUUAUUAAAGUGUUGUUUGUCCAUCAAGAGCAGAGAGAAGGUGAAACCAAAGGAGUCGCAGACUGACAGCCCUGUAGCCCGUCUGCAGCACCCCUGACAAAGUCAGUUCUCGAAGACACUGCCCCGUUGACAGGUCCAGUGAGGCCUCUGCUUCUGUGUGAGGGCAGUUGAGUCACCUGGCUGGCAUGAUAAAAGCAGGUAGUCUUUCUGGAACGGCCAGCUGCCCUUUCCCAACUCCCAGUCUUCAAAGUAGUUUAUGCUUAAAACAGCGAGGUCGUGUCCUUGCAAGGCCUGCAUCACACUGUCCUUCUCGCUGUGUUUACCUCCUAGUCCUCACUGGGAAUCUGCUGUCAGAGAGUAGUGAGCAGCUCUGCUGGGACCUUUCAGGACUGAAGCCUGGUGCUGGGUCCCCAGGGCGGGCCUGAUACUCCAAACCAGCUGACUUCUGGGGUUAGCUCCCCUAAAGUAGACUCAGUGGGACUUGGGAUCAUUUAGUUCAGUUCCCUUGUUUUCAAGAUGAAACAAUUACAGCUCCCCCAACAGACACGGGAGUCACUUGGCAUGUUGCUUCUCAGACAUGCCCCCCUGAGCCUGCACACUGGGGGACAAGCUGACCUCAGCGACAUGACUUACAGUAGGCCGGUAGUAACUUCCAUGCUCACCCCAGCUGUUUGAUGUUUUGUGCUGUUGGGCAAAUACUCAAGCUCUGGAAGUGCUAGUGGCGCCUUGGUCAUGUUGCUGUGAUCUCCAUGUACUUGGGAGUUCUUUAUAUUAUAGGUUCUUUCCUAACACAGAUAUGUGGGGAGGUGAGGAAGAAAGAAAAGGAACUCGUUUCCCUCGGACAUAAGCUAACGUGUUGGUGCUGCUUUCCCUCUGACGGGACAGUUGCCCUUCCUCAAGGCUGUGACGAUGGCAGCUGUGCUUAGAUGACCCCAUGACCUGCCCUACUGCUUGGCUUCACCUGAACAUUUCAUGGACCGAGUUUGCCUGCUGUAGCCAGACCCUUAUGAGAACGUGUAUUUUGCCAUUUCUGUUUUAAGGUUAUGAGUUUGCAAACUGAGAAGCCACUUGAUGAUUCAGAGGGUAUUAGAAAUAAGACCACCCAGCUUUGUUGUUGUUCGCUGACCAGAGCUCUCGGGCCCUGUUUCCCGGCUUUGGCAGCAGCAUGUGCUCCACUCCAGCCAAGCUGUCAGCCCCGGGGGGUGGGGCCAAGUUCAAGGUGGUUUUUUCCUGCUCUGCAGAAAACAGGUUUCAGCUGAGACCCACUACUGAAUGGCAGCUGUGACCCUGCAAUUAAGGUCUGUUCUGGGAGAUGCAGACGUCCUAAUCCUCAGAAAAACAGUAUCUGUGCCCUGUCGUCUGUGCAGGGUGAGGAGAGGCCAGCCAGGUGUGUCCCAUUGUUACUGGAACUGCUCAUAUGCGCCACGUGAUUACGUCCUAACCCACCCGGGCUGGGAGAACGCCCAGGGUGAAGGGGUGCCAUGGAAACCAGAAAAGGGCCAAGGAAAGCCAGCUGUACGUGAUUCUAGAUUCAGUUUUUGCAGGUGGAAAUAUGCUUUCACUGGCUCAUUUGUAAUUAGGAAUUAGUAUCAUUUAAAAAUAGAAUGUGUAAUACAUGGCAGUACUCAGCCAGGACUAAACUGUCAGAUUUUUCUUCCAAGGAUAAUAAAUAACUUGAUAGCAUUUUUUUUUUAAAAUAACUAGAAGGUACAAACUAAAGAAGUGCGAUCAAGGGUUAGAACUGAAAUUGCCUGGGUGAUCUCCCGGUGGUGCUUCCCGUCCCCUCCCCAACCCAAGGAGAGCGCCAGAGCCCUGCUGCCAGAAGUUUACAGCCCUCACUCACCACAGGUCGAUAGAUUUGCUUCUCUACAUGGUCGGCCUCCAAGUGUGCUGUGGGACCAGCGGUAGCAGCAGUCCUUCGAACUUGCUCAAAAUGCAGCUCCUCAGGCCCCACCCCUGAUUUUCUGCAUCACAGACCCAGGGUGGGGCCAGUGGGCUGUGUUUACCAAGCCCCCCCAGUUUGAGAAUCACUGCUACUGCAUUGUGGGACUUAGGCUACAGUAUACCAUCCCUGCAACUUAAAACAGCUUCCAUGGCUUUGAUUGUAAUCCUGACAAACAAAAUUUGGUGACAUUAUACACUUGAAAACUUUUUUUUAAAUGUGUAAAAAAAAACACAAAACCUUAACUAGCCAUCCUUAAAAGUGGUAUUUUUACACCCUGAAGUCUAUUGGUAAUGUUUCUUACUUCUGCUCUUGAACUCAUGUUACAACUGUAUGAAUACUGUUCAGUAUUAAAGAGAAAUGGAGACGCCAUGAGCUUUG